AUGGUAUUGAGUGCAACCGCGAUCGGUGCGUUGCUGGGUUUAGGAACCCAGAUGUAUUCCAAUGCUCUCCGUAAACUCCCCUACAUGCGCCAUCCGUGGGAGCAUGUGGUGGGAAUGGGUUUGGGCGCUGUGUUUGUGAACCAGCUUCUCAAAUGGGAGGCCCAGGUCGAGCAAGACCUCGACAAGAUGCUCGAAAAGGCCAAAGCUGCCAACGAAAGACGUUACAUAGUCUCCAAGUCUAGUGAAAGCGUGAAGCAGGAAAGUGCUCAAGUUCAACUCAGCAAGUAUUUUUAUCCAUCCAGGUUCAUUUCUUCGAUGAAUCGGUGCCAUUACUCUGGGCCAGUCACCAUUCCACAGCAACCAUCUGUACCAACUUACCUUGAAGAAUCAUUCAUUAUAUUACUUAGUGUUUUGGACGUUUCAUUUUUUAGUGCAUUGAUUUAUGGAUUUGUAUUCCUAGUUACUUUUCACUUUCGAGCAUUCCUUCGCAUAAUGUCACUGCAGCAAAUUCACAUGCAGAACGAAAAGUUUUAA